AUGUUUGACAGCUCACAGUACCCCUAUAACUGCUUCAAUGACGACGCCGACGACUACCCUGCUGGCAGCUCCGACGAGGAAAAAAGGCUCACAAGACCAGCAUACAGCCCCUCUGUCUGGCACCCCUGUCGCAGCUACAUCGCGCUGAUCGCCAUGGCCAUCCAGCAGAGCCCCGCGGGACGCGUGACCCUGUCCGGCAUCUACGACUUUAUUAUGCGCAAGUUCCCCUAUUACCGCGCCAACCAGCGCGCCUGGCAGAACUCCAUCCGCCACAACCUGUCGCUCAACAGCUGCUUCGUCAAGGUGCCACGAACUGAAGGCCACGAUAAGGGCAAAGGCAACUACUGGACGUUCGCGGGCGGCUGCGAGUCCCUCCUGGAUCUUUUCGAGAAUGGCAACUUCCGUCGGCGACGCAGGCGACGCGGCCCCAAGCGCGAGGGACCCCCAGGUUCCCUCGAGCCAGCAGCGCGCAGGUCCCCGGACCCCGACGGCGCGCGAGCCCCAGACCGCGAGGCCCAGGCUAGCCCUGCCACACACAGAGACAUCAAAUUCAGCAUUGACUACAUCCUGUCUUCCCCGGACCCUUUCCCUGCGCUCAGGUCACCCUGUCACUCGCAGGAAGCCAGGUAUCCGGCGCUGGAGCCCCAUCAAAUGAGCUUCCAUUUUUGGGCAGCAUGAGGUGACCUCCCCGGAGCUCUGCAGUCCGUUGAGGACUUGGGCCUGAUUUCCCCGGAAGGAACGACUUGAACCAGGGAUCUUGAAUCAAGAACCCUGGACGUUGCCACAUCUACACACAUCUUCCCAGACUGCCCGGGGAACUCAGCUCUCCACUUGGAGGAAAGCUCUGGAGACCUUCUUAUAAAAGGUAUUUAUGGUGGUGUUGUGACUUUAUAACGAAUAAAAAUAGUUCUCUCGCAGGAAAACCUGGCUCGGAUUCGGCUCCACUUCAGGAUUUGCUGUGGACUCACUGAAGCCCCCUACACCAAGCUGUAAAAUCACCCGAGGCUCCCUGGAAUCAGGUAGCAUUUUGUCCUCAGUCAUGUGACAGGUGGCUUUGUAGACACCACCAUUCCAAAGUUAAAGUGUGCUCAGUAACUUAUUCAUGACGCUGGUUAAGGCCUUCCCUUUAGCUAAAAACAAUGAGUUUUAAAACAGCGAAGACAGAUGUUGACCUAUCCUGGGGCUCUUACCCCAAGGCUUACAACGAUGUCAAGCUAUGAGUUGACAUAAUCAGAAGUAGCCUGAGUUCUCAGCAGAAAUGUACCUCCCAGACC